AUGACGGCAGUUGUAAAUGCCAUGUCAUCUCUUCAUUCGACCACAGAGACGAAACCCACUUCCCAGUAUGGUGAAGGCCUUGUUUCGGGUCUGGGGCAGUCACAGCCAACUGCCAACUUCUUCCCGCCAUGCCAACCGCCAGGCUUCAAUCCGUUCAUGUACCUCUCCUCCUAUGCUUCGCCUUCUACCCCAAAUUGUUACUCACCAACUACCAAUCCUCAACAGACAUUCCCUUCUUCGACUAAAUUAGUGAACCCGCAGUGGGAUUAUAAUGUGGAAUGUAAUGACUCGCAAGCUCUUAGAUAUGAUUUAGCUCUCGUGUGUUCUACUCCUCGUAGAUGUGGUUUAUGCGGAAAGGAGUUUGGAAUGCGUUGCCGCCUGCUUGCUCACGUGCGGCGUCACACCGGCGAGCGUCCUUUUUCCUGCGUGGACUGCGGACGCGGAUUCUCCGACGCGGGGAACCUCCAGCGCCAUCGGUACACGCACAGUUCAGAGCCUCGAUUCCGCUGCACCGUUUGCGGGAAGACGUUUAGGCAGGUACGCACUUGCGCCUACCUACUUGUUUAUGCCUAA